AUGUCAAACGAAGAACCGGAAAAAAUGGUUAACGAUCGAAUUGUGGUGAAGGCCAUCGAGCCAAAAGAUGAGGAAGCCUGGAACAAACUGUGGAAGGAGUAUCAGGGUUUCCAAAAAACGGUUAUGCCUCCGGAAGUAGCCACCACUACCUUCGCAAGGUUUAUAGACCCUACGGUCAAACUAUGGGGUGCUCUAGCCUUUGACACCGAGACCGGCGAUGCAAUUGGCUUUGCACACUACCUGAACCAUUUGACGUCGUGGCAUGUCGAAGAAGUUGUCUACAUGAAUGACUUAUAUGUCACUGAACGCGCAAGAGUCAAAGGCGUAGGUAGAAAGCUCAUAGAAUUUGUAUACAGCCGUGCCGAUGAGCUCGGUACGCCUGCAGUGUACUGGGUUACAGACCAUUACAAUCACCGCGCACAGUUGCUGUACACCAAAGUGGCUUACAAGACAGAUAAGGUUCUUUACAAGAGAAACGGAUACUGA